UCGCACUUCCCAUCCUCCUCCUCCUCCUCGCUCCUAUGAUCGUUUCUCUUCCUCCCUCACUGACUCAGUCUUGACUCGGCUGUGACCUGGGAAAGUCCUGCGGUGGAGUGUGCUCCUGUCGGGGCAGUACUUGCAGACGGGGCCUCGGAGAUAUAUAAUCUUCUAUCCGCGGUCUUCGCCAUUUUAUAAUCAUAAAAAAAACAAUUAUAAGGUUUUUGCUCGAUAAAGAGACACUUUCGAAGAUUCGUUCCGACCCGCUGACGCAAUGUACGCGUGUGUUGUUGGUGAUCGCUUCUCGUAAACGAGUGAAUUUGAAUCAAUUUAUUUUUUUCUUCCAAAAGUGACGUAGCUGGUGAUGUUUUGAUUUUGCACCUAAUUCCAGAAGAAGCCAGGGUGAAAGCAAAGGUGAAAUGAUCUGCACUUUUCAAUCGCGUUCCUUUACAAGGUAGUGGGACCAUGGCUCUUCACGUCAGGAGCAGUUUAGAUUUACGGUACCUGUUGGAGUCGUGAUGAUGAAGAGAUCAGGAAAGAGGUACCAGAUACGCAUGCGUGUGACGCCCGGCGGGGCUCACCUGCCAUACGCUAAAUAAACUCUAGCCCUCUCCACCCUCCCCCCCCUCCCCAAAUAAGAGGCGAAUGAGAGCCAAAGGUCUAUUUAUAUGGCAGCUGUGACUUACGGUGGGCCAAAUGGAGGGCAGGAGAACCUUGAUAAUAAUAGAAAAAUGUAGAUGUUGUGAUAACGAGUGAAUGAAACUGGAGAUUUGAUUUCUCUGUUAAGUGAUGUGUAGUUUAGCCGUGGCCGGUCACCAAGGAGCCUACGGAAGUACCUGAAGGAGCCUGGCUACGUAGGCCUAUUGUAAAUAUGGAAGGGCAGAUGGGGACAACGCUGAUUUAACGUCAUUUAAGUGCUUGUGUUUUGAUUAGAAUUUCUAGAUAGCAGCAUUCGCUAAUCACGUGAUGAUCAUUAUGGUGAUACUUGGAGUUUAAACAUGAGAUUAGUGACUUGUUGUGAUCGUGUCGGUGAGGCGAAUUACUGAAAAGUGAGAAAGUUUAAAACUGUGAUAGCGAUAAGAAAAAAAAAAAAUAUAUAUAUAUAUGAACUUCCUCCACCAGAAGUUGGGGAAUUUUUAUAUAUGAGACCGUUUCUGUCAUUCCCUUUUAAUUCGAUCCAAUCGUAACCCCCUUCUUCCUCGGUUACAGUUUCCCCCGAAUAGUUUUGUUUUCAAUUGCGGCCUCCUUCUUUUCGUCUUCCAAAUCCUCACACUCUCUCUUCCUGACCUCAAGUCUUCCAGCGAAGCUCCAUUUUUGUUUGAUCGGUCUCCUCUUCCUCAUCCUCCUCCUUCUUCUGUCAUCACCUUGUCUUCCUCCUCACUCCUGCUCCUGUUUCCCUGAUGUCUGCCUACCACCCGCUGUACCUUCAGAAGGAGUCUGGCCCCCCCAACACCAACAGCGACUCCUCCGACGUCGAUUCUGACAGAGACAGGGCAACGAGUCCCCGUUCCAAGAGGCAGCCCAGGGCUAAGCACCACCACCCCAAAUCCAGGAGCAGUGGGAAGGCCGCCGCUGCCGCCGCCGCCCCCACCUACCACGUCGAAGAUGAAAACAGGAGCAGCUCAGAGGAGACCUACGGCGCCAAGAGGAAUGCGGACAAGUACCGACGGAGGGAGAGCUACCACGACCAAGGGAGCUGUCGCUGUGAUACGGAGGACGACUCCAGUGGCCAGGAACUGUACUGUCAGAAAGCCUCUUCCUCUGUCUCCUGGGAAGAUGUCACUACCUUCAGUUACUUAGCUGGAACGAUGCAACCACCUUCGUCAGGUGAUGGGGCGGGCGACCCUUGCUUACCCGCCGGGACCUCCUACGGCUCCCCGUGGUUUCGGUCGUUCUUGAUGACGACGUGCCGACCGAAGUUCUGGAAGUUCCUGCUCAUAGUCCUCAUCCUGCUGCUGAUGGGGCAGUUUUCCCUCAACAUCCUCUUCUACAGGAACUACGAUCCUCUCUUCUACGUGAACGUCUCCUCUCAAGAUUCUCUGUCGGCUUUCGAGUCGCGGGUGAGAUGGGUCAACAACAAGCUGCCCUGGAAUCACGGGACUAACGAAAAGCCGCCGGCCGCUGCCGCUGCCGCCGCCGCCGUGGUCACUGUGAUCCCGUUGCACAACACGACGUACGAGUCCUUAGUUUCAGUGCCCUUAUUAGUCGGUGGGAAGGAGGUCAGGGAGCAGCAGCAGCAGCAGCCUUCCCACCCAGAGACGAAGGAACCGAUGACUAGGCUUCGCCAGAUCAUCGAAGCCAGCGACGGCAGGAGCAGAACGCCGCCACAGCAGCUACACAACGCCACAACAGCGGCAGACAACAGAGGAAUACCCGAGGGAGGAGGAGGAGAAGGAGGAACAGGCAGGAACGCCACGACUUCUUCUUCUUCUUCUUCGAAAAGAGAACCAACGAAGGCACAAACUGCGCUUCAUGUCAGCAGGUCUAAUAUGAGCUCAGACAGUGCUUCUUCUUCUUCUUCCCCGUCCAAUAGCAACAGCAAGCAGAGUGGCCAAUCACCACGGAAAUCCACGAUUAGCUCAAAUAAAGUUACUAGCCAAAAUAGCAAUGGUACCGCUGGCAGUGCCCAGGAAACGUCGAGAGUCCUACUCAGCAAGGAGAAGGCCCUCUGUCCGCCAGUGCCCCCGAAUCUGGUGGGAGUCGUGAAGAUCAACCGUACCGUGCCAUCCCUGGAAGAGCAGGAGAGAACGCACCCGGAGCUGGAACCCGGCGGCAGGUUCCGGCCGGCAGAGUGCCGAGCGAGACACCGGGUGGCCAUUAUCGUGCCGUACAGAGACAGGGUCAAACACCUGGCCAUGUUUAUUUACCACAUUCACCCGAUACUCCAGAGGCAGCAGAUAGACUACGCCAUUUAUAUAGUCGAGCAGGCUGGAAGUGGAAAAUUCAAUCGAGCCAUGUUGAUGAACGUCGGAGCCCUGGAAUCUCUCAAGCAAUACCCAUACGACUGUUUCAUAUUCCACGAUGUGGAUUUAUUGCCAGAAGACGACAGAAAUCUUUACACUUGCCCAGAGCAACCGCGUCACAUGUCCAUAGCCAUUGAUACUAUGCAUUACAAAUUACCUUACAAUGACCUUUUUGGUGGGGUGAGUGCAAUGACCGCGGACCAGUUCAAGACAGUCAAUGGCUUCAGUAACAAAUUUUGGGGCUGGGGAGGUGAAGAUGAUGAUAUGUCUAACAGGAUCAAGUUUCACGGAUUCUUCAUUUCCCGGUAUCCUGCGAAUAUUGGCCGGUAUACGAUGCUUUCCCAUAGGAAAGACGAGCCCAAUCCUAGGAGAUAUCAGUACUUAUACGACGGCAAAAAGAGGUUCAAGUCGGAUGGUUUAAAUAGUGCCAAAUACAAAGCAUUGGACGUUCAGCUUCGUAGGCUGUACACUUGGGUUUACGUCGACCUUUAUCCUUCAUGAUCAUUAGUUUUGCCCAAACUUCGUGCAUUUUGAUGUCUGUAAUUACUACCGUACUAUUGUCAGUUUUUUUUGUGUCAUUAAUUUAUUUUGCAACCUUGUGAUU